GGGGGCGCGGGCUCCAAGAAGGCGAGCUCCGGGCUGCGGCGGCCGGAGAAGCCGCCCUACUCGUACAUCGCGCUGAUCGUCAUGGCCAUCCAGAGCUCGCCCAGCAAGCGCCUGACGCUCAGCGAGAUCUACCAGUUCCUGCAGGCGCGCUUCCCCUUCUUCCGCGGCGCCUACCAGGGCUGGAAGAACUCCGUGCGCCACAACCUCUCGCUCAACGAGUGCUUCAUCAAGCUGCCCAAGGGCCUCGGGCGGCCGGGCAAGGGCCACUACUGGACCAUCGACCCCGCCAGCGAGUUCAUGUUCGAGGAGGGCUCGUUCCGCCGCCGGCCGCGCGGCUUCAGGCGGAAGUGCCAGGCGCUCAAGCCCAUGUACCACCGGGUGGUGAGUGGCUUGGGCUUCGGGGCCUCGCUGCUGCCCCAGAGCUUCGACUUCCAGGCCCCCCCGUCGGCGCCGCUCGGCUGCCACGGGCAGGGCGGUUACGGCGGCCUCGACAUGAUGCCCGGGGGCUACGACGCCGGCGCCGGCGCCCCGGGCCACGCGCACCCGCACCACCACCACCACCACCACGUCCCGCACAUGUCACCCAACCCGGGCUCCACCUACAUGGCCAGCUGCCCCGUGCCCGCCGGGCCCGGGGGUGUAGGCACUGCCGGGGGCAGCGCUGGCGGCGGGGACUACGGCCCGGACAGCAGCAGCAGCCCCGUGCCUUCGUCCCCCGCCCUGGCGAGCGCCAUCGAGUGCCACUCGCCCUACACGAGCCCCGGGGCGCACUGGAGCUCGCCCGGCGCCUCGCCUUACCUCAAGCAGCCCGCCGCCCUGACGCCGAGCAGCAACCCCGCGGCCCCCGCAGGCUUGCACUCCAGCAUGUCGUCCUACUCGCUGGAGCAGAGCUACCUGCACCAGAACGCCCGCGAGGAGCUCGCAGUGGGACUGCCUCGAUACCAGCAUCACUCCACCCCAGUGUGCGACAGAAAAGAUUUCAUCCUCAACUUUAACGGCAUUUCUUCUUUCCAUCCCUCUGCUAGUGGGCCGUAUUACCACCACCACCAUCACCAGAGCGUCUGUCAGGAUAUUAAGCCCUGUGUCAUGUGAAUGGAGGGAGGCAGCCGGGAGGCCACUUUCUCCAUGGGGGGUGGGGGUGGGGAGGGACGAACUGAGGUGGACUCACGUAAAGUGCACCCCAUAGCAGUGAGUAGCACACCAGUCACGUAGAAUCCCCAGGCCAGCUUUGUUCACUGACACUUAUCUACCAUUGGUAGGACAAGCCCUGGCAUGGUGAUGCCCUAAAUGUGUGCAGGCUCCAACGAGGGGAAGAGCUGAGAACUCGGCUUCUUAGCAGAGAUGGUAAAAAGUUACCACAUGAAAAACAUAAACAUGUAACUCGGGGAUCUUCACUGCCUUCAGUAAUCAGGGUCUGAAAAACGCAGACAAGUCGUCUGUGUGUUUUUCUUUGUUUAUAAAAAUGUAUGUGCUUUUCAAAAAGGCAAGGGCUAAACACAAGAUUUCAAGAAAGCCGCAUCUCGUUGCCUAGCUAAGGAAUGAGUUCCGAUUCGGAUUCGCCAAACACGUUUGGAUACAGGUGCCAAAGAACAGUAUUAAGAAAGUAUUUAGAAACAAAGUGUCUAGUUUAAGAACGUGGUUUUCAGUAUUGUGACAAUACAACGUUUUUUACAAGGUAAUUUUCUACCACCGUAUUUUAAAGAUAUUUUUAUCUCAUGUAUACUCACACUUUGCUUGUAUUUUAAAAGGAGGGCAUAUUUGCACUUAUGUAUACUUUUACAGUUUGCCAAACUAUUUUGAUGUAAAAUUUUUCAAUAAAAUGUAUGUAACAAAUA